AUGGAGAACCCCAAGAAAGAGUUUGUGUAUGGUGCUUGCAUGAGAAAUCAAGCAACAAACCUUGGUGGCCAUGUUACAGACGGUUGUCAAGCAUUCUUCCCAACCGCUGGUGGCUUCCAUUGUGGGGCAUGUGAUUGCCACCAAAACAUCCACCAGAAGAUAGUUGUGGUAGGCAGCGGUUGUAUUGAUGAUGGGAAGGGAGAGAGUAGCAAUCACACUGUGAAGGUUGAAACAGAGGAGGUGGAAGUGAGUGUGGACAGUCAAGAAGAGGAGAAGGAGGAGAAGCAGUUGCAAGAGCUCAUGGUAGCAGAGCAGCUACGGCAGCAACAGAAGCAUCAAGAGGUGGUGCAGAUUAGUAAGGGGAGGAGGCCAAGGACAAAGUUCACGGAGGAGCAGAGGCAUUGGAUGUUUGCAUUUGCAAAAAGUCUUGGGUGGAGUAUGCAUAAAAAUAGGUGGGAUGAGACCAACCAGUUCUAUCAGCAUAUUGGGGUGCCCAGGCAUGUUUUCAAGGCUUGGCUCCACAACCAUAAGAAUCGUUGA